AUGAAUCAAAACAUGAAUUUAGGCUCCAUUCAGAAGCUAAUGGAAGAGACACAGGCUUUUGGGACCCAACCAGGAAAACCUUAUAAAUUAGCUGGAGGUUGCCAACCAGGUGGCCAUCUGUGUAGUUCAAAUCUGCCAUCUCAAAGUUUCUACCCAUAUUCACCUCAUUAUCCAUAUAUGCAAACAAAUCACAGCAGUGACUGGGAAAUUUUUGAAGCAGUAAGAAUUCGAGAACUGGAAGAAGUCAAAGCCAGAGCUGCCCAAAUGGAGAAGACCAUGCGCUGGUGGUCAGAUUGUACCGCUAACUGGAGGGAGAAAUGGAGCAAAGUUAGAGCAGAAAGAAAUAAAGCCCGAGAGGAAGCAAGACAACUGAGAAUCAAAUUAGACAGUUUUGUAAAAGAACUGAGUAUGCUUAAAAAAAAAAAUCAAGAUUUAGUAAGUGAGAAGAAAAGCUUAGAAACUGUAACUGCUUGGAAAACAGAAUUCAAUUGCUCAGAAAUACCUUAUAUUAAAAGAGACCUAAACAAGUUAACAUUUCUGGAACAAGAACCUGUGAAAGAGCUGAGCAAAACAAACAAGAUUCCUGGGGCAGAAGACACAAAGAAGGAUGUAGAGGUAAUCAAAGAGCAAAGCAAUCAGAAUAAAAAAAUCACUCCUGAUUCCUUUCCCAAUGGAGUUCCCAGCAUCUAUUUGGAGGAACCUAAACAAAAUUUGGACAGUACAGCUAAGACAACAAAGAAUGAUUUAAUAUAUGUUUCAGUCUUGCAUUUGCAUUUGGCUGAGAUGCAGAAAAUCUUACAGAAGGAAAGAGAAAUGAAUGUAUUUCUGGAAAAAGAAAUGGAAAAGACAGAAAAUGAAUUAUUUCUUUGGAAAUGGAAAUAUGAAGAACUGAGACAAACCAAGCUGGAAAGCCUGAAACAG